AUAAGACACAGCCAUAUUCCCAGAGUCCUUAGCGGCGGGUGAAGGAAAAUGAAAACGGCCAUGUCGUGGUAGCGAAUUGUUCAGCGAAAGGGUUUAACUGGUUUAUUAAAAGUAGCAUCACAAUUUCAGCGCUGAAAACACACAAACUGUUCGUCUGCGGAUACUCCAUCGUUUUUACGUUAAAGAAAAUACAUCCAGCGGAGGUGGUAAGGGCACUGAGAAGGGAGCAAACAUGAGCGGAGGAGGGACGCCUUACAUCGGCAGCAAAAUUAGCCUAAUCUCGAAGGCCGAGAUCCGCUACGAGGGGAUUUUGUACACCAUCGAUACCGAAAACUCCACCGUUGCUCUCGCCAAAGUUCGUUCUUUCGGCACCGAGGAUCGUCCCACUGACAGACCCAUUCCACCUCGGGAUGAAGUGUUUGAGUACAUUAUCUUCAGAGGGAGUGAUAUAAAAGAUCUGACGGUUUGCGAGCCACCAAAAGCGCCUAGCUCCCUGCCUCAGGACCCCGCCAUUGUUCAAUCUUCUAUUGGAACCAGCAGUGGUGCAGCAUCAUUCCAGUCUGUAGAGUCCUAUGCACCUUUCAGCAGGAACCCGCCGUACAGCCAGUUUGGCUCGACACCCCUCGUAGCUCAGCAGUUUGGAGUAGUUGGAGGAGGACGCACCAGUCCCCGUGUGGACGCUCUUACGAAGAGUCCCUCCUUGGAGCAAGCAGUGCAGCCCCCUUCAUCAGGUGCCUCAGCUCCACCUGUGCCGGUAGGACAGAGGAACCAGUCGUCGACAGCCGCAGCGUCAGCCUCCAGAGCCACCAGCACCGCCACCGGUAGCCAGAAGCCCCCAGACCUUCUGGAGCAGAGAAAGGGCCCUGAGGUGCAGAAAGUGCCUCAGCCAGAUAAUGAGCAAGGCGCUGUUGAAAAUCGGGAUCCUAAUAGACGUCAAGCCAGUGGCGCUCCCUCUGCCCGCCGUGGCCGUGGAGGAGGAAACCGCGGUAGAGGCAGAUUCAACAUGCGUCGGGACGGCCCCAUGAAGUUUGAAGAGGACUUUGACUUUGAGAGCGCUAAUGCCCAGUUCAACAAGGAUGAGAUUGACAAAGAGCUCCAAAGCAAGCUCAAAUUGAAAGAUGACAAGCCUGAGAAGGCUCUGAACGGAGAGGAAAAUGCAGACUCAGAGCAUCAGGCUAACGAAGGGACCGCUGAGGAGGAGGAAACUGUCAUCACCUCAUGUUACUAUGACAAGUCCAAGUCCUUCUUUGACAACUUGUCCUGUGAUGAUUCAAGGAAAUCAGGUGAAAGAGGAUUUCUAAAGGAGCGAAGGCCAACCUGGGCAGAAGAGAGGCGGAUGAACGCUGAGACCUUUGGUAUCCCUCUGAGGCAAAACCGAGGAAGAGGAGGCUUCCGUGGACGAGGCGGCAUGGGACCCCGCGGUGGCCGCGGGCGUCCAUCAAACCGAGGAUCCUUUGGGCCGCCCCGGGGUGCCCCACCUGGUUUCAGAGGUGGAUUCAGGGGCGGCAGAGGAGGCCGGGAGUUCUCUGACUUUGAAUACAGGAAGGACAACAAGGUGGCUGCAUAGUACAGCAGCGACGGAUCCACAAAGAAUUGUAGCCCUUCAUCAUGAAAUGUCCCCCUUCGACAACUUGUCUCUGGUCUCAACACGUGACAGAAAGAAUGAAGUCGUAAUCUAACUUACUCACCAGCAGUAGGGUCGACUGCUUGACAUCAGCAAGUGUGAGUGCAGCUUCCUCGCCCAUCGCCCUUUUCUUCACUUUGAGAAGACAAAAUUGAUUUGUUUUGUUUUUUCCCCAAAAGUUGAGUUUUCCUUGAUAAACCGUCAUCAGAAGGACAAGAUUAUGUGUAAAUACCUUACUUUGGUGGAAUAAUUCAGUAUUUUUGCAUCUAUUCAAGUUCCUUUCUUACUGAAAUUAUUUGAUAAUGUUAUGUGUAAAAGCUGUAUGCAGAAAGCCCACUGAUACUGUGAGUACUCUGAUCACAACUCAUGUGAUUGAUAGCUUUAUUUUAUUUGUUUUAUAUAUUGAGUAACGUAUCUUGGCACCAAAACACAUUUCCUGUCACAACAUUUUUUUACUUAUCUCACCAGUGAUUAAGAUGUUUGCAUAAAGUUGUUGCAUUUGGGAUUUCUGGGGUUCAUUGAAUUGAUGAUGUUCUUUGAUGUUGAUCCAUUCUUUCAAUGAAGUAGUGAGUUCAAAGUUAAGCCAUUUUAACAAAAUGACAUUGACAUUCAUUGCUGUUUUUUUUUUCCUUCUUAUUGUGGAACAUAAUCUGAACUGAAUAUUGUAAUGAAUGAAUGUAUAUCUGGCUCAUCUCCUAUUUUGUGCUCCCUGAGCAAAUUGCGGCCACCAGAAACUCAUUUCUAGUUUUUAGAAAUGUGUUUUCAGUACUAAGAAUCGUUUGGAGAUGAUAUUUUUGCCCCUAGCGACCUGUGUUGAAGCUUUAGGUUUCCAACUACUUCUCUGCAGACCUAUUUUUAGUAACAACGGCAAGCUAAUGCAGGCUAUCAAUGGGAGAGCAUCAUUUGAUCCGUAUAUUGGGGUUUACAUGAUAGCUUUAGUGUAUUCUUUGUUAAAUGUAGUCAUUCUGACUUGAUCUGUUGCGUGGGUGUCAUGUUUUUUCUCUGCAGUCAUGGCUGCAUGAAGAGCAUUCCCAUGACGUGUUUCUUGCCAUGAGAAACACAAAGUGAUAGAACUAGGUCUGUGUACGUUGUGAGAUGAGUCUUUCAGAUGUCACGUGAAGCUUUGAAACGAUUUGUUCAAGCCAUUCAUUCAGGAUGACAUGGAAUGACAGUUCACUUGGGAUAAAUAAUGAGAUCUUGUUUAUGUAGCGGUCAGUAUUUUGCCAAUAAGGAAUGUGUGAGAAUUGGGCUGGCCUAAUAUAAUUUGGUCAAGCUUGAAGUACAUAUGUCUCCACAUUUUUUUUUUUUUUUAAGUACCUCUCCUAAAUCCACCUUCUUUGUGGGCUAAAAUAUAUUCUAGUGAGUCGUCUGCUAGUGGCAAGCCUGAUUCCCGCCCCUCUCAAAGUGUCUUAAAAUUAUGCUAUUUCUACUUUGUUUUUUCCAUUUGUCUCUACAAUCAGGUGUUUCCAUUAAAAGUUAGUGUUGUGCUAUUAUAAGGUUGGUUGACUGGAAAAUAGGAAAUCUUGUAAACUGACUGAACGUUGUCUCUGAUAAUGUUUUAACUACAAAUGGCAGCAUUUCCGGUAGAUUUCAGUUCUCCCAAGCUUGACCUGCAUGCCCCUCUUUUUUGCAAUAUUGUCCAAUUUGUCCUCUGAAGUGAGUUUCUUUUUCUUUCUUUUUUUUUUUCUUUUUUUUUUUAGAUGUAGGUGAGCAAAGGGAUAACAACUGGAUUUGAAGCGUGCGAGUGUGUAUGAAUGCUUGGGGCGGGUCAGAAAGACAUUUGUUGUUUGGUUUUUGCUCUUUUUGGCUCUAAUAUUUUGUCAGUACUUUAGGGAGUGCCUUCAGAGUGGUAUAUUUUUUACAGCUCUCCCUUUAACUUAAAAGGUACAUUUUGACAAAUUUAUUGAUAGCACUACUACAAGAAGAACCUAUCGUAGAUCCUUUACGCCGCUGUGGUAGCUGAGAACAGAGCGACCCGGCUGUAAAUGUGCUGUUUGACGGGAUGUUGUACAGAGUGCUGAACGCUGCAUGAUAGCCACAGGAACCACCACUCUAUACCCAGGUUAGACAGCAGGAUUUCAGCUUUUGCAAUAACCCUUGUUAAGCAAAUGAGUUAAUUUGAGAUUCCACACAAAAGUGUUAUUAGCGAGCUACUCAAGACUGACAAGUUCUCAUGUUUGUUACUCCUUCCAGUCACUGGAAUUGUGAAGCAGGUAUUGUUUUCUUGAGAAUGUGUACAGCAUGAUGUACUCCCAGUGGGUCGCCCUCCGAGACACGGGGUUUUUACUCAAGACAAAGAUAAAGAGUUGUUCAAUAACCAUG